CACACACACACACACACACACACAGCUUCCCAGCCUCAGCCUCCCUCUCUCACUAGAGAGGCGAGAAGAGCAUUCUUCCUCUCUCUGCCCUCCCGACUUUCUCUUGCUUCCCCGCCCAUCUGUGCAGUCAGCAGCUCCAGCAAAGUUGGCCUCAAACUUGAACGGAGCUGAAGCCUCGAGCUUCCUGGGAGCUUCUCACAGCAGCAGCAGCAGGAGCAGCAGCAGCAGCGGCGGCGGCAGCGGCAGCAGCAGCAGACUCCAGUUGUGAACCCUGCUAGUCUUGAGACACUCAUCCGAGUCUUCCAGUACCCAGCUGGGCUCCAGCUCCCCACAAUACACAUCCACUCUUUUUCUGGAGGUUUGAAAUCAGAGCUGGGGAAUGGUGUGCUGAGGACCCCCUGAAGCACGCUGACCCAGUCCCUACCUGCACCUGAAGAAACCCAAGGCCCAAGCCAACAUGGCCAACCCCGGGCAGCCUCCUUUUCAAGACCCAGGCUCCACCUCACCCCUGGAGCUGCCUGAGAUGGAGAAGCUUCUCACCAAAGUGGAGAACAAGGAUGACAAAGCCCUGAAUCUGUCCAAGUCCCUGUCAGGGGCUCUGGACCUGGAGCAGAAUGGCCACAGCCUGCCCUUCAAGGUCAUCUCUGAGGGGCACCGCCAGCACUCCCUCCCUGGCUCCCCUUCCCGGGCCAGUUCUCGACGCGCAUCCUCUGUGGCUACCACCUCCUAUGCCCAGGAUCAAGAAGCCCCCAAAGAUUACCUGAUCCUUGCCAUUGCCUCUUGCUUCUGCCCAGUCUGGCCCCUCAACCUCAUUCCCCUCAUCUUUUCUAUCAUGGGAGGGCUGUUCGAGAAGUCUAUAUCAAAAGAGAAUGCAGGCAGAAGAGGACCAAGGGCUCUGACUGCCCCAGGAGAGUCUCGAAGUAGCGUGCAGCAGGGGGACAUGGAUGGGGCACGGAGGCUGGGGCGCCUGGCACGGCUGCUCAGCAUCACCUUCAUCAUCCUGGGCAUCGUUAUCAUCAUUGUGGCUGUCACUGUCAACUUCACAGUUCAGAAGUAACCGCGGAGCUGAUUCUAGCAGAGGCAGAUGCCAGCCGGCUGGAGAGCUCCGAACCCACACGUCCCCACACAUUACAGAGGACAGGAUGGUGGCUGUCAAGUCCCCACCUGUUCCCAAACUCCAAAAGCACAAACUUAGAGGGAAACCUCUACACCACUCCACUGUCAGCCCGUGGCAGAUGGGAAGGAAAAUCUGGAAUGAAGUUGGCCGGGAACCCAAUGAAUAACGAGGCUGAAUCUCAUAGACACAUCACUCGCCUUUGGACCUCAGUUCUCAGGCUUGUUUCUCAUCCCCACAAUUCCUGGGACUUACAUGCAGCAUAAACUGCCAAAAUGGGAAGAAAACCAGCCCCACAGCCAAGAAAGAAACACCGCACACCCUGGGUGUCUGGACACGAGCACAAUAUGGGCCGCUGCCUUUUCUAUUUUCUUGGUGGGGAGCAAAUAGACUCUUCACACGCUUUGUUCUGAGCAUCCACAGUGCUCCUAGCCUGAGCCCAAAGGUGGAGCUGUCACUCAGCAUGGGCCCUGGAUAAUACCCCC